AUGGAUGAAGAGUACGAUGUGAUAGUGCUUGGGACGGGUCUCAAAGAAUGUAUUCUCAGCGGUCUCCUCUCUGUUGAUGGUCUCAAGGUCCUGCACAUGGAUAGGAAUGACUAUUAUGGUGGAGAAUCUACUUCACUUAAUCUUAUUCAGCUCUGGAAGAGGUUUAGAGGAAGUGAUAAGCCUCCAGCUCACUUGGGUUCUAGUAGAGAUUAUAACGUCGACAUGAUUCCAAAGUUUAUUAUGGCAAAUGGUACUCUAGUACGAGUCCUUAUCCAUACUGAUGUUACUAAAUAUUUGUAUUUCAAAGCCGUUGAUGGCAGCUUUGUCUACAACAAAGGAAAGAUUCACAAGGUUCCAGCGACUGACAUGGAGGCCCUCAAAUCUCCUCUCAUGGGUAUUUUUGAAAAGCGUCGUGCUCGUAAAUUCUUCAUAUAUGUCCAAGACUACAUCGAAAAUGAUCCUAAAACACACGAAGGGAUGGAUUUGACAAGAGUCACGACUAGAGAGCUGAUUGCAAAGUAUGGCCUUGAUGACAACACUGUGGACUUCAUUGGCCAUGCAUUGGCUCUCCACAGAGAUGACCGCUACUUAGAUGAACCAGCGCUAGAUACCGUGAAGAGGAUGAAGCUUUAUUCUGAGUCUCUAGCACGUUUUGCUGGAGGAUCACCGUACAUUUAUCCUUUAUAUGGCCUAGGAGAGCUUCCCCAGGCAUUUGCUCGUCUUAGUGCUGUGUAUGGUGGGACCUACAUGUUGAAUAAGCCUGAGUGCAAGGUAGAGUUUGACGAGGAAGGAAAGGUGAUUGGUGUUACAUCGGAGGGGGAAACUGCUAAGUGCAAGAAAGUUGUAUGUGAUCCUUCCUACCUGCCUAACAAGGUUAGGAAGGUUGGCAAAGUUGCAAGGGCCAUUGCAAUCAUGAGCCAUCCAAUUCCAAAUACCAACGAUUCUCACUCAGCACAGGUUAUUCUGCCUCAGAAACAGUUGGGUCGCAAAUCAGAUAUGUAUCUGUUUUGUUGCUCUUAUUCUCACAAUGUUGCUCCAAAAGGGAAAUUCAUUGCAUUUGUCUCGACAGAAGCAGAAACUGAUCACCCUGAGACUGAACUCAAGCCAGGAAUUAAUCUUCUUGGACCUGUUGAUGAGAUCUUCUUUGAGACUUAUGACAGAUAUGAACCAGUCAAUGAACCCUCUCUGGACAAUUGCUUUAUAUCAACAAGUUACGAUGCGACAACUCACUUUGAAUCGACUGUGGUGGAUGUGCUGAAUAUGUAUACCCUCAUUACUGGAAAGGUUCUUGAUCUUAAUGUGGAUUUAAGUGCUGCCAGUGCCGCAGAAGAGUGA